ACUCUAAAUCAAGCUACUCUGCUCCCGCCGCUCCAAGUUAUUCAGCACCAAAGGCUCCCACAUAUUCAGCCCCCGCAGCUCCGAGCUAUUCAGCGCCUGCUGCACCAAGCUAUUCAGCGCCUGCUGCACCAAGUUAUUCAGCACCUGCUGCACCAAGUUAUUCAGCACCUGCUGCACCAAGCUAUUCAGCGCCUGCUGCACCAAGUUAUUCAGCACCUGCUGCACCAAGCUAUUCAGCACCUGCCGCUCCAAGCUAUUCAGCACCGGCUGCACCAAGCUAUUCAGCACCUGCCGCUCCAAGCUAUUCAGCGCCUGCUGCACCAAGUUAUUCAGCACCUGCUGCUCCGAGCUAUUCAGCACCGGCUGCACCAAGCUAUUCAGCACCAGCUGCACCAAGCUAUUCAGCACCUGCCGCUCCAAGCUAUUCAGCGCCUGCUGCACCAAGUUAUUCAGCACCUGCUGCACCAAGCUAUUCAGCACCAGCUGCGCCAAGUUAUUCAGCACCUAAGGGCCCCUCAUAUUCAGCACCAGCUCAAAGUUAUUCAGCACCUGCCGCUCCAAGCUAUUCAGAACCAGCUCAAAGUUAUUCUGCACCAGCCUCUCCAAGCUAUUCAGCACCAGCUCAAAGUUAUUCUUCACCAGCCUCUCCAAGCUAUUCAGCACCAGCUGCGCCAAGUUAUUCAGCACCAGCCGCUCCGAGCUAUUCAGCACCAGCUGCACCAAGCUAUUCAGCACCAGCCGCUCCGAGCUAUUCAGCACCUAAGGGCCCCUCAUAUUCAGCACCUGCCGCUCCAAGCUAUUCAGCACCAGCUCAAAGUUAUUCAGCACCUGCUGCUCCGAGCUAUUCAGCACCAGCUGCGCCAAGUUAUUCAGCACCAGCCGCUCCGAGCUAUUCAGCACCAGCUGCACCAAGCUAUUCAGCACCAGCCGCUCCGAGCUAUUCAGCACCUAAGGGCCCCUCAUAUUCAGCACCUGCCGCUCCAAGCUAUUCAGCACCAGCUCAAAGUUAUUCAGCACCUGCUGCUCCGAGCUAUUCAGCACCAGCUGCGCCAAGUUAUUCAGCACCAGCCGCUCCGAGCUAUUCAGCACCAGCUGCACCAAGCUAUUCAGCACCAGCCGCUCCGAGCUAUUCAGCACCUAAGGGCCCCUCAUAUUCAGCACCUGCCGAUCCAAGCUAUUCAGCACCAGCUCAAAGUUAUUCAGCACCAGCUGCGCCAAGUUAUUCAGCACCUAAGGGCCCCUCAUAUUCAGCACCUGCCGCCCCAAGCUAUUCAGCACCAGCUCAAAGUUAUUCAGCACCAGCCGCUCCAAGCUAUUCAGCAUCUAAGGGUCCCUCAUAUUCAGCACCUGCCGCUCCAAGCUAUUCAGCACCAGCUCAAAGUUAUUCAGCACCUGCCGCUCCAAGCUAUUCAGCACCAGCUCAAAGUUAUUCUGCACCAGCUGCUCCAAGCUAUUCAGCACCAGCCGCUCCGAGCUAUUCAGCACCUAAGGGUCCCUCAUAUUCAGCACCAGCUCAAAGUUAUUCAGCACCUGCCGCCCCAAGCUAUUCCGCACCUAAGGCUCCUGUGUAUUCAGUUCCAGUUGCUCCUAGUUACUCUGCCCCUGCUGCUCCUAGUUAUGCAGCUCCUAAAAGGCCAACAUAUUCAGCGCCAGUUGCACCCAGCUACGCAGCUCCCCCGGCUGCCGCAUAUGCAGCACCGAAGUCUGCUGGAUACUCUGCACGCAUGUUUAGUCCGAUGCUGAUGUCAGCGCGAACAUCCAGCUAUGGCCCGGCAUCAGCUGGCUACGGAGGAUCAUCAAUUCCGGCACCACCUUGCCC